AAGUGGAACUACGCAAUAGCAUUCCGCGAAGAUGACGUUACUGCAGCUGCUGCCCUCUAUUUCCCCAUCUCUGAAUUACAGGCAAUGUCGGACAAACAUGCGGUUUCGUAAUGGCUUCAGGCUUUCUAACUUGGGCAGUUAGAUUCAAUCUGGCACAUGUCCGAGGGUUGGAAAUACUACAUAAUUAAGUAAUGAAAAAUGAGUAUUGAGAUAAUAGAUGUGGAUGGACCAGAGGGUGAAAAAGUAGAUGACAUCUCUGCCCGUCUUAUAAAAUGGAAAAAAAGUGUGGAUGCACCAACCUUGCUCAGUUUAGAAGAAAAUCUUCAGCUCAAAACUUUCUUGGAAGAAAUUGUGAAUUGUCUCAAUGCGAGUGAAUUGUUGGAUGAAAUUCCGCCCUACCUCCCAAAGUUUGCAGCUCUGCUGCAUGCAUUAAGUCCAAUUCCAAGGGAAAAAGUCUGCUUUGACAUUGGAUUGUUGCAUGAGCCCAUUCUCAGAUGCUUUGUGACAUUGAGCCAGCUUUCUCUUAACAAACCGCAAGUCAAGCGGAUAAAGAAAUGGGCAACAUGUUCAUUACGGAAGCUUUGUCUUUCCUACGAAGGGAGGCCACAACCAUUGCUAGCUGGUUCUAUUGGAUUCACCUCUGAUCGUGUUGAUGAAGCUCUCCAGAAUUCGUACCUCGUCCAUCUCCGUACUGAACAACCUGAGCAUGAGAAGUUGAACCCUGCCCUCAUUCCUAACUUGAGCGAAGUCAUAAGGCUCGAUCUUGACUGUGGAAAUUCUACUGCUAUUGAACCAGUCCUGAAGCUGUUGAAGUGUUAUCCAGGAACAAAAGAAUCGGAGCAAGUAUUCAAGAUGAUUACACAGGAAAUCUAUGACAGAGGUGGGAAGAAUAUCCUUACUGCAGAUGGAGCUGAAAUAUUAUGGAAAAAUCACACUCCUAGUCUUGAGAGGGAGGUUUUACGUAUUGCAGCCGCAUGGAGAAACCAGUGCCAAAAACCUACAGAAAGAAUGCAAGUCAUUAAAAGUUCGUUUUUGCCUGAGGUCAGUGCAAGAAAUCAUGACAUCUAUGUCACAUUGAUGUCAAUUUUACAAACUCUUGUCCUGAAGACUCAUUGCCAUAGUGAGACAGUACAUUUGUUAGCAAGUGUCCAUGCCUGCAUUCGAGAAUUCCUCGAUACUCACAAAUGUGCCAAGUCCACCUUGGCCUUGUAUCCCUUGAAGUGGCAGCCUCUAGCUAAUUUCUUGACCAUUGACUUAGGAGCUCUGGCCAUUUCAAUGCAGUGCCAGAUUAUUGUAGCCACAUGCCAGAUUUUGGAGAGCUAUUGCUUGGAUGUCCUGACUUGUGAGGAUGCUAGGCUUUUAGCGCUGCAACAUCAUCGUUUCUACAGUCAGCUGAUUAGACUUCUUCUCCAUGUUCCAGCAAAGAACCUUCCGGACUGCUUGAAGGUGUUAUCUUGGUUUAUAUGUGCACAUAGAAGACAAAGAAUGGCUGCUGAUGAAAAGGAUGCCCUGCAGAAAUUUUCCACUGAAUUGAGGGUGUUGAGAAGUAAAUCACAUCUUCAGAUUGGCGAUGUGGAGUUCGCCAUGCUAUCCAUCCAGGGUCAAGAAAAUAUUCAAGAAAUUGUGAAAAUGCUUCUAGUCUUCUUCCUGGUAUCAUCAAAAGGGAGCCAGAAAUGUACAAGAGCGAUACUAUCCUUGAUAUGUGAAAGCCAGUCUGAAGAAGAUCGACAGAGAUUUCUCCUGGAGAUGUCUAGAAUAUUUGUGUUUGAUAUGAACGCCUAUUUUUUUUGUCAACGGAUUCUUGAAAAUAAUUUCGACUAGGAAUGGAUAUGCAUUAAAGUAAACUCUCAAGCAAGAAGACAAAAAGAAGUUGAGAGUGCGUUGUGGCCUUACAUGUAUGUUCCUCAAGGACAAACUGCCAUAAGGGACAAAGUCCAAAAGCAAUGCAGGAGAGCAUUUGUUAAUUUGAGGUCUUUUUUGCCAAUGCGUCUUUUGCAGCGGGCAAGGGGGGGAGUGUAAAAUACGAUUUGGACAUUUUAAAAGCCGUAAAAUGUCACUGAUCGCAUUGUUAGACAUUUCAUUAAUCUCAUUCAUUAUUCUGUAAACUGAAGACAAAAUUUAUACAAAUAAAUAAAGUGCCUUAAUUGCAAUAAA